UGAAGAACCAAUUAACCAACUCCGGCCACGCCCUCUCUCAUAUAUUGAAUGGCAGCCGCCAUUGCGAGUAAAGUAACCACCUCUCUCUCUCUCUCUCUCUCUCUCUCGUAUACGGUAUAUCCAUGAUACUGGUCUAGAUGCCGUCGGACGACCUCGGAAUAGAAAUUCGGAGAUAGAUGGAUGUAAGCGUGUUCCCAGCAAAGCUAUUCGUAGCAAUGUUGCUGGGACUCUUCCUUCUUUUACGCUGUUUUUCAGCAAAUGCCGCCUUGUUUCCUUCUGGUGAUGAGAUGGGUUCAGGAACAUUUUCAGGAUGUCAGGAAAGCUCAAGAAAGAUGAAUCCAAGCAAUAAAGCCGAUAGUGAAUGCGGAAGUCGAGUGAUUCCUGGAAAGAGAGUGGCAUCACCUCGAAGUUUAAGAUCAAAAUGGCCUCCUGGACCACCAUCUCCAAGUCGAAAUCAGCCAAAGAUACUUGGUUAUGGAUCGCCACCUCCCGGAACUAGACGAAACUAGGAACUCCAUCUCCAUGUAUUUAUUAUAUGUAAAUACCGAU